AUUUUCAUCAGAAACUCACGAGACACCUUGACGUCUGUGUGAGGUUACAAGCUAUAGUUUGCCUUUCUUUUAUUUUUUCGUCUGCUGCUCAUAAUUAGUUGCAAGAAUGCGUGAGUGUAUCUCUAUCCAUGUUGGUCAAGCCGGUGUCCAGAUGGGCAAUGCCUGUUGGGAAUUGUACUGUUUAGAACAUGGUAUCCAACCUGAUGGUCAGAUGCCUUCUGAUAAAACUAUUGGAGGUGGAGAUGAUUCCUUCAACACUUUCUUCAGUGAAACUGGUUCUGGAAAACACGUACCACGAGCCAUCUUUGUUGAUUUGGAACCAACUGUAGUAGAUGAGGUCCGAACUGGUACCUACAGACAACUCUUCCACCCAGAACAACUUAUCACUGGUAAAGAAGAUGCUGCCAACAACUACGCCAGAGGUCACUAUACUGUUGGGAAAGAGCAGAUAGAUCAGGUAUUAGACAGAAUCCGAAAAUUGGCUGAUCAAUGCACAGGUCUCCAGGGAUUCUUACUUUUCCACUCAUUUGGCGGUGGCACAGGGUCGGGUUUUACAUCUCUACUUAUGGAAAGAUUGAGUGUCGACUAUGGAAAGAAAUCCAAACUGGAAUUUGCUGUUUACCCGGCUCCUCGAGUGUCUACUGCAGUGGUGGAACCCUACAAUUCUAUUCUCACCACUCAUACCACCCUGGAACAUUCCGACUGCGCCUUCAUGGUUGAUAACGAGGCCAUUUACGAUAUCUGCCAAAGAUGUUUAGAUAUAUCUCGUCCCAGUUACACCAACUUGAACCGACUUAUCGGUCAAAUCGUCAGUUCCAUCACUGCCUCCCUCCGGUUUGAUGGUGCAUUGAACGUCGAUCUUACCGAAUUCCAGACCAACUUAGUACCUUACCCACGUAUCCAUUUCCCAUUGGCUACCUAUGCCCCAGUUAUCUCUGCUGAAAAGGCUUACCACGAAACCAUGACUGUAAUGGAUAUCACCAAUGCAUGCUUUGAACCAGCUAAUCAGUUGGUCAAAUGUGACCCACGACAUGGUAAAUAUAUGGCUUGCUGUAUGUUGUACCGAGGUGAUGUUGUACCCAAGGAUGUCAAUGCUGCAAUUGCGUCAAUCAAGACCAAGAGAACCAUCCAAUUCGUCGACUGGUGUCCAACUGGUUUCAAGGUCGGUAUCAAUUACCAACCACCAACUGUUGUACCAGGAGGUGAUUUAGCUAAAGUUACUCGUGCUGUUUGUAUGUUGAGCAACACCACUGCUAUUGCCGAAGCCUGGGCUCGUCUUGAUCAUAAAUUUGAUCUUAUGUACGCCAAGAGAGCUUUCGUUCAUUGGUAUGUAGGUGAAGGUAUGGAAGAAGGUGAAUUUUCUGAAGCCAGAGAAGAUUUGGCUGCUCUCGAGAAAGAUUAUGAAGAAGUUGGUCAAGAAGAUCUAGAGGAAGAAGAAGAUGCUGGGGACGAGUAUUAGUAAUACUUGAAAACCAUGUGGGGCAUCCGUUUAUAUUAUUUUCUCUUUUAAUGUUUCUAAUUAAAACAAUUGUGAAAUAAAUACGAUCCAUACUUGUGGAAUAAGUUCAAAAG